AUGUUUAUCGCCGGCCUUGUGUUCGCGCUAAAAAAGAAAAUUUGCCGGCGGCCGCGCAAGCCGCCCGCUGCGCUUAUGGCGGACGCGUAUAGCCCGCGCGUCGUUCGCACAAAAUCGACAAUCGAUCGGAGAAGGCGCGCGUUGGCGGGAAAAGCAAAUUUGCGCGCGACGCGACACGCGACCGUCAAUGGGGUUACGCUACGCGUUCCGGCUACAGCAGCACAUUUG